AUGGGCUGCGUCUCUUCGAAUCUGCUGAGCAAUGAAGAAACCUUCACGCAGCUGGGUGGCUCAGCCUUGGGCGUCGGCCAUCACAUCGUCUCCCUCACCUCCACCACCUACGGCCUCCUCAACCUCGACCCACCUUCCUCCACCACCACCACCGCCGCCGCUCCCGCUCCGCCGCCUCGCUUCACCUUGGGCUCCGUCUUCCCAGCUUCUCUAACCGACUCGCCCGCUCCAACCCCCACCGGCGACCGAUUCCGCCCCGAUCCGCCCCAAGAAGUCAUCAAUUCCUGGGAACUAAUGUCCGGCCUCGACCCCGUCGACAGCUUCCGCUUCUCUCCCCUUCCUCCUCCCCCUCGAAAGGACCCAAUUGGGGAAACCAUUGCCGCUUUCUCUAAGCCCCCGCCGCCUCCACCGCAGCAGAAGGAAUCCCCGAUUUCGGGUUUGCUGGAGGGAUUCGAGGAGCUCUGCCCACCCAACGGGGAGAACAGGGUGGUGAUCUACACCACCAGCCUGAGAGGGAUCCGCAAGACGUUCGAGGCCUGCAGCGUAGUCCGGGCAGCAAUCGAAUCGUUCGGGGUCCAAAUCUGCGAGAGGGACGUCUCCAUGGAUCGCGGAUUCAAGGAGGAGCUGAAGGAUCUGAUGAUGAUCAGAUCUGGUGACGGAUGCAGGAAAGGGAAAGGGGAAGGUGAAGAUUCCGCGGCGGCCGCCGCGACUGUGCUGCCGAGGGUGUUUGUGAGAGGAAGGUACUUGGGUGGGGUGGAGGAGGUGAUGAGGAUUGUGGAGGAAGGGCGGAUGGCGGAUUUGCUGCAGGGUGUUACCAGGAGUAAAGCCAUUGGCGGCGGCAGCUGCGAAGGUUGUGGGAAUGUGAGGUUCUUGCCCUGUUUUUCCUGCAAUGGGAGCUGUAAAGUGGUGAUGAUGGUGGUGAAGGAGAAGGAGAAGGAGGCUGGUGGUGGUGGGGGAUUUGGUGCUGCGAGGUCGGUUGUGGUGAGGUGCCCUGACUGCAAUGAGAAUGGAUUGGUGUUGUGUCCGAUUUGCAGCUGA